AUGGUAGAAAGUAUCCAAAGUACUUGGGCGGGUACUUGUCCAGAGGUUCUCUGUACUCGUGAUCCUUGUGUUCGUGGCUUUCGUCAUACUGUUUAUGGUGUUGCAAAGACUCACGAUGUUUGUGAUGGUACUCAAUGGGUUCUGGUUGAUGCUGGGCGUGAUGGUAAACCUUGUGCUCAGGAAUCUGCUCAUACUCGGGCCUAUGGGAAGGUUCGUGAUGAUAUUCGGGUCUGUGGGAUGGUUCGUGGUGAUAUUCGGGCCUGUGGGAUGGUUCGUGGUGAUAUUCUGGUCUAUGAGAUGGUUCGUGGUGGUGCUCUGGUCUAUGUGUUGGCUCGUGGAGCUGUUCUGGUCUACGUGAUGGCUCAUGGUGGUGCUCUGGUAUAUGUGUCGGCCCAUGGUGCUGUUCUGGUCUACGUGAUGGUUCGUGAUGGUACUCCGGCCUAUGCGUAG